CGUGUUACUAAUUGUACAUAUCUUCCUGUGAAACUCAAAUAUUAUUGCGUUGAGCCGUUGACGUGUCAGAAGGAUUUCACAAUUAGUGCCCCAAAAAUGAGUGCUGUCGAGCAGCCCUGCUAUACCAUUAUAAACUUGCCAACAGAUGCUGAACCUCAUAAUGAAAUGCAACUCAAAACCGACCUAGGUAUGCAAGGAACCUCGUCUGAUUUUCAGAAUAUGUACCACCAAAAAAUCAUUCGAGAGCAUUGCGUCUUAUUUCCAUUGAGCAUAUACUUUACUUGCCAUUAAGUCUGGCUCCAAAUGUUGAUCCACAAAGUUUGGAUAGAAGGAAAACAAACUUUAACAUCUGAUGAAUGCUCUUGAUGAAAACAACUUUCUAGCACCAUAUAUAGCUCACACUAAUGUUAACACAAUUUUUAAAACAAUUUUAUAGCCGUAUGUGCUGAAUUUAAUGUAAGAAUUGCAAUCCUCAAUCCUUUUUUCAGAAAAGGGAGAUGUGAAAGUAAAAAUAAGAGCACUAGAAAAAAUCAUCCACAUGAUUCUGCAAGGUGAAAGAUUACCAAAUGGCAUCUUAUUCACAAUCAUCAGAUAUGUGUUGCCAUUGCAAGACCACUUGGCUAAAAAGCUACUGCUUAUUUUUUGGGAAAUUGUCCCAAAAAUGACUCCAGAUGGAAAGUUGCUCCAGGAGAUGAUUCUGGUUUGUGAUGCUUAUCGCAAAGACUUGCAACAUCCUAAUGAAUUUGUCAGGGGAUCAACUCUAAGGUUUUUGUGUAAAUUGAGAGAGCCAGAACUUCUAGAACCAAUAAUGCCGUCAAUAAGAGCUUGCCUAGAGCACAGACACAGCUAUGUGAGAAGAAAUGCUGUUCUAGCUAUCUUCACCAUCUACAAAAACUUUGAGUUCUUGAUUCCAGACGCUCCUGAACUCAUUUCAAACUUCCUUGAAGGAGAACAAGACAUGUCUUGCAAAAGAAAUGCUUUUCUGAUGUUACUUCAUGCUGACCAAGAUACAGCUUUGUCUUAUUUGGCUUCUUGCUUGGACCAAGUCGCAUCUUUUGGAGAUAUUUUGCAACUUGUUAUCGUUGAACUCAUCUACAAGGUUUGUCACACAAAUCCUGCAGAGAGGUCCAGGUUCAUCAGAUGCAUCUACAACCUUCUAAACUCGAGCAGUCCUGCAGUAAGGUAUGAAGCAGCCGGAACCUUGGUCACUCUUUCCAGCGCCCCAACUGCUAUUAAGGCCGCAGCCAGUUGUUAUAUUGAGCUGAUUGUGAAAGAGAGUGAUAAUAAUGUCAAGCUUAUCGUCUUGGACAGACUCAUUGCCUUGAAGGAUCAUCCCAGUCAUGAAAGAGUGCUACAGGAUCUAGUGAUGGAUAUUCUGAGGGUUCUUGCAAGCCCUGACCUAGAAGUCAGAAAGAAAACCCUGAAUCUAGCCAUGGAACUGGUCUCAUCAAGGAACAUUGAAGAGAUGGUGCUGGUCCUGAAAAAGGAAGUGUCAAAAACGUUAGAUUCAGAACAGGAGGACACAGGAAAAUACAGGCAGUUGCUUGUCAGAACUCUGCAUUCUUGCUGUAUCAAGUUCCCAGACGUUGCUGCCACUGUUAUUCCAGUUUUGAUGGAGUUUUUGUCAGAUACCAAUGAGUUAGCUGCCACUGACGUACUGGUUUUCAUCAGAGAGGCCAUUCAGAAGUUUGACAACCUACAGCCAUUGAUCAUAGAGAAAUUGCUGGAAGCCUUCAGGUCCAUAAAAUCGGCCAAAGUCCAUCGCGCAGCAUUGUGGAUCCUGGGAGAGUACGCGAACUCUAUCCAAGACAUUGAAGCGGUUCUGAAAGAGAUCAACCACACUUUAGGUGAAGGCCCCCUUGUGGAUGCGGAGCAAAAACUCAUAGCAGGGGAGGUGGAAGAGAACAGUGCUGGAACCGGCACUGGAGGAAGUGUCACUUUGGUCACUUCCGAUGGAACUUACGCUACACAGUCUGCAUUCAACACGACAAGUAAAUCAGCUAAAGAACAACGGCCAGCACUCCGGCAAUACCUGAUGGACGGCGAUUUCUUCAUCGGAGCAUGUUUGGCGUCAACUUUGGCCAAACUGGCGCUGAAAUUUGGCGAAAUUGCAACUCCGCAGCAAAGGAAUAAGUUCGAUGCCGAAGUGAUGCUCAUUAUGGCUGGAAUCAUACAUUUGGGGAAGUCUGGUCUUCCAACGAAGCCCAUAACGAACGACGACACGGACCACAUCCUGUUCUGCCUCCGCACGUUGUCCGAUCGCCCGCCCCAAGUGGUUCCAGUCUUCGAACAGCUGUGCAGACGCGCGUUGAGCGAAAUGUUGGCCGCCAAGGAAGCUGAAGAGGCGGUGGCGCAGAAAGAGGCGCGCGAGAAGCAACCCGGAGGCGGUGGCAAAGCCGCGCAGGCGCAAGCCGAUGAUCCGGUAGGGUUCGCGCAGUUGGAGGCGGCUGAGAAUAGAGAGUUGGGUGAGGACGUGUUCGAGAUGGCGCUAUCGAGAGCUGUGGUUGGUGGCAGAGGUGGUCCGUCCGAACACCCAACGGGACUAACCAAACUGAACAAAAUCACGCAACUGACCGGUUUCUCCGAUCCAGUGUACGCCGAAGCGUACGUCCACGUCAACCAAUACGACAUCGUGCUCGACGUGCUGAUCGUCAAUCAGACGAAUGACACGUUGCAAAACUGCACGCUAGAGUUGGCGACGUUGGGCGAUUUGAAAUUGGUGGAGAAACCGCAACCGGUCGUUCUGGCGCCCAAGGACUUUUGCAAUAUCAAGGCCAACGUCAAAGUUGCAUCGACAGAAAACGGGAUCAUAUUCGGCAACAUCGUGUACGACGUCACGGGUGCCGCGUCGGAUAGGAACGUCGUCGUUUUAAACGAUAUCCAUAUUGAUAUUAUGGACUAUAUCGUGCCAGCCGGUUGUACUGACCAAGAAUUUAUGAGAAUGUGGGCCGAAUUCGAAUGGGAAAAUAAGGUAACUGUAAACACCCCAUUAACAGACCUCUCAGAUUACCUGAAGCACCUCCUGAAAAGCACCAACAUGAAAUGUCUAACGCCAGAGAAAGCGUUGAGUGGGCAAUGCGGAUUCAUGGCGGCCAACAUGUACGCCAAGUCCAUCUUUGGGGAAGACGCGUUGGCCAACCUGAGCAUCGAGAAGCCGUUCAAUAAACCGGAUGCGCCGGUGCAAGGACACAUUAGGAUCAGGGCAAAGAGCCAGGUGAAAAUCUAGAAUAAUCCUCCCAUGUUUGUCAAGCCAAAUCGAACCACAUAUAUGUUUAAAAUUCCUCUUCAUCUUACGAUGUUUCAGUCUCAAGUACAAUUGGCAGUUGUUAUGCUUCUUUUGAGAAAAUCUAUACUUCAAAUUUUACCCUCUGUUUGAGAUUCGCCCCCACAAAUUUUGAUAUGGGGGGGCCCCGAGUAGCGAGCUACGCCUCAGUUCAGAAAGAUAUUUUUCAAAAUUUGGAAAAUGGUUUCUAGGUUUUAUUGCUCAUUCUUCCUUUUUUCCAGGGUAUGGCGCUUAGUUUGGGGGACAAAAUCAAUAUGACACAGAAAGGGACCCAGAGCAAAGUGAUAACAGCCUAGAUGUUUUCUUUUUUAUUAAUUAUAUGAAAUUAUGUUCGUUUGUACAUGAUAUGUUAGACUUAAGUGGAAUAUUUUAUGUUGACAUUGUUUCAAAAACAUGUUUUCGGUAUAUAUUGAUUAAUAAAAUAUUUGAACGAUCA